CCGGCGGCUGGGAGCGGCGAGGAGGCGGCGGCGAGCGGCAGCCCGGGAGGCGGUGGCCGAGGCCCAGGCGGCGGCGGCGGCACAGGAGGCGGCGGACGGGGAGCGGCGGGAGCAGGCCCUGCCCGGCCCUCGAGCGGCCGCCCGGCUGCAGCAUGCGCGUCCGCCGGGGGCUGCUGCGGCUGCCGCGCCGCUCGCUGCUCGCCGCCCUCUUCUUCUUCUCGCUGUCGUCCUCGCUGCUCUACUUCGUCUAUGUGGCGCCCGGCAUAGUGAAUACCUACCUCUUCAUGAUGCAAGCUCAAGGCAUUCUGAUCCGGGACAACGUGAGAACAAUAGGUGCUCAGGUUUAUGAGCAGGUGCUUCGGAGUGCUUAUGCCAAGAGGAACAGCAGCGUAAAUGACUCAGAUUAUCCUCUUGACUUGAACCACAAUGAAACCUUUCUGCAAACCACAACAUUUCUUCCUGAAGACUUCACCUACUUUGCAAACCAUACCUGCCCUGAAAGGCUCCCUUCCAUGAAGGGCCCAGUAGACAUAAACAUGAGUGAAAUCGGAAUGGAUUACAUUCAUGAAAUCUUCUCCAAAGACCCAGCCAUCAAGCUUGGAGGUCACUGGAAGCCUUCUGACUGCAUGCCUCGAUGGAAGGUGGCGAUCCUUAUCCCCUUCCGGAACCGCCAUGAGCACCUCCCAGUCCUGCUCAGACACCUGAUUCCCAUGCUUCAGCGCCAGCGCCUGCGGUUUGCAUUUUAUGUGGUUGAGCAAGUUGGCACCCAACCCUUUAAUCGAGCCAUGCUUUUCAACGUUGGUUUUCAAGAAGCAAUGAAGGACUUAGAUUGGGACUGUCUGAUUUUUCAUGAUGUGGAUCAUAUACCAGAAAGUGAUCGUAACUAUUAUGGAUGUGGACAGAUGCCGAGGCACUUUGCAACAAAAUUGGAUAAGUAUAUGUAUCUGCUUCCUUAUACUGAGUUCUUUGGCGGAGUGAGCGGCUUAACGGUGGAACAGUUUCGGAAAAUCAAUGGCUUUCCUAAUGCUUUUUGGGGUUGGGGUGGAGAAGAUGAUGACCUCUGGAACAGAGUGCACAAUGCAGGCUAUUCUGUGAGCCGGCCAGAAGGUGACACAGGAAAGUACAAGUCCAUUCCUCAUCACCAUCGAGGAGAGGUCCAAUUUCUUGGAAGGUACGCUCUGCUGAGGAAGUCGAAGGAACGACAAGGGCUGGAUGGGCUCAACAACCUGAACUACUUUGCAAACAUCACAUAUGACGCCUUGUAUAAAAACAUAACUGUCAACUUGACACCCGAGCUGGCUCAGGUGAAUGAGUACUGAGAUGAGCAUUUGCUUAACCCACCCCCACCAAGAAAGUGGUCUGAGGAGAUGUUUUGGGGGACUCCACAGGAAGAGAAUAGAAAAACAGUGUCUCGUGAAGGAUUGCAGGGUUAAAGGAAAGAACGAGACAGAGCACACGCACAAAUCGCCUUCUCCAUGCUCACCUGCUGGGGUUGAGGCAGGAGGAAGUUUGAGGACUUCUUUAUCAGCACUGGCUUUCUAUUUUCACCAGACAGAUGUCUGUCCUGCUGCUCUCUCCCUGUCUCCUACCCCAGCAUCCUGUCUUAGCCACAACCUCCAGAACCCGUGAUGAACUGUAAUCUGCCAUGGUCCUGUGUGGAGCCUGUCCUUACGCCUGACCUUUGGAGCCUCUGGGCCUUCGGAGCAGAGGCAAACCCACCACAGGGCAGCUGCGUCUUAGGAAGAAGAAAUGAAACACCACACACCAGUCUUCUACAUCUGUGGUGUUCUCUUUUUGGUUUCAUUUUUUGAAAAAAUUACCUGCUUUGGGUGGGGAUUGA